UGAAGACCGAAGUCGAUUCAUUUGACUAAUAAAAUUUAUGAAUUGAGUUACGCAUGAUUUUUCAUAACUUAAUGCUAAACGCAUAAUUAUAAUUGCUAUUUCGAAUUAGACAUCACAAACUGUGGACACGGAAAAUGUUUUAAGUAAAUUUUUGUGAUGAUUUUUUUCAAGAAACGGCUUCAAGAUACUUGAAAGUAACACAAUAAUUUGUAGUCGGAAAAAUGCUUUAAAAGGAGAUAUUGAAGUUAUUGUAGAUUUGUGACUACUGGAUUUCCCUUUAAAAUCGCUGUAACAAUAAACAGUAAUGCCGGAACAAAGUAAUGAUUACCGUGUUGUGGUAUUUGGAGCUGGGGGUGUUGGGAAGAGUUCUCUUGUUUUGCGAUUCGUCAAAGGCACUUUCAGAGAAUCUUAUAUACCUACUAUAGAAGACACAUACAGACAAGUGAUAAGCAGCAACAAAACAAUUUGCACUCUUCAAAUAACAGAUACCACAGGAUCCCAUCAGUUUCCGGCCAUGCAAAGGUUGUCAAUCAGCAAGGGACAUGCAUUCAUUCUUGUGUACUCAGUGAGCAGUCGACAGUCAUUGGAAGAGUUAAAGCCGAUAUGGCAAACAAUAAAGGAAAUAAAAGGUGCAGAUCUCCCAAACAUCCCGGUGAUGUUAGCCGGCAACAAAUGUGACGAGAGUCCCGAGAUCCGGGAGGUCUCUGCUGCAGAGGGUCAGGCACAGGCCCAAACAUGGGGUGUUUCAUUCAUGGAAACAUCAGCCAAGACCAAUCACAAUGUAACACAGUUAUUUCAGGAACUUCUUAACAUGGAAAAGAAUAGAAAUGUAUCUUUGCAAGUGGACGGAAAAGGGAAGAAGAAAAAAGAAAAAGUUGUCAAAGAGGGCGGAGAAGCUUCGGCCAGUGGCAGAGAGAAGUGUCUCGUCAUGUAAGACGGUUUAUUAGUUUGAUCUGAAUACCCACCGCUGUUUUUGGUAAGUCAUAAGCAACAUUAGGUUUUAAGAACAAAUGGCAAUCAUAAGUCUAAACUCUAACACGAGAGGUAACAUUAUAGUAAUAUGUUUUAAAAUAUUUCUUCUGUUGUUAAUGUUCUUGUGUUCAAAGAAUUUUUAGUGAAUUAUUUAUUUAGUGAAGCUAGAUUUUUAGUAAGUUAGUCUGGAUCACUAUGGCGAAAAAAUACUGUUAUACAUACAGGUUGUUCGGGUGAACACCAAUAUCCUUAAAAAAGAGCCCAUCAAAAUGAACAACUUUUUCUAUGAGAACAAUGCUGGGAACUCAA